CGGUUUACGGUAACCAAGAAGGAAAUCCCAGCAUGUGAUUGGACGUGCAGCUUGGGUCUUGCUCUCCGUGAAGUCCUGGCUUCACUGACCAGGUGCAUCUGUUGCUACUGUGAAGAGGAAAGCUAACAGCCCUCGAAGAGACAAAGAAAUAUGCUUUUAGAGCAGUAACUUGACCUGUUCAACGGAAAGAAACGUUUAGUAUUCUACAGCGGCUUUUCAUCACCUUCAAGACCAGUGAAUGUUUACCAUGUUGUCCAAGUUAAGGAUGACUUGGUCCCUGAGGCCCUGCGUCUCUGUUUGCAGAUGGGCACACACCAAAGAGAAAGGGAAGCCCCUCAUGCUCAACCCUCGCACUAACAAAGGCAUGGCCUUCUCUCUACAGGAGCGGCAGAUUUUGGGAAUACACGGUCUGUUGCCUCCCAAAGUGGAGACUCAGGACCUUCAGGCCAUGCGCUUUCAGAAUAAUCUCAAGAAAAUGGUGGAUCCUCUAGAAAAGUAUGUUUAUUUAAUGGGCAUCCAGGAAAGAAAUGAAAGGCUUUUCUAUAGAGUUUUGAUGGAAGACAUAGAGGAACUGAUGCCGAUAGUUUAUACUCCCACUGUCGGUCUGGCCUGCACACACUAUGGACACAUCUUUAGAAGGCCCAAAGGAUUGUUCAUCUCCAUCCUGGAUAGAGGACAUGUCCGUUCAAUACUGGACAACUGGCCAGAAACUAAUGUUUCAGCAGUAGUGGUAACUGAUGGAGAGCGUAUUCUAGGGUUAGGGGACCUUGGUGUUUAUGGAAUGGGCAUCCCUGUUGGAAAACUUUGCCUGUAUACUGCAUGUGCUGGCAUUAGACCUGAAAAAUGUCUCCCCGUGGUGAUAGAUGUUGGCACAGACAACAAGACCCUCCUGCAGGAUCCACUAUACAUGGGUCUGUACCAGAAGCGAGACCGCUCCCAAGCUUAUGACGAUCUGAUUGAUGAGUUCAUGGAGGCUGUGGUGGAUAAAUAUGGGCAGGACACGCUGAUCCAGUUUGAGGACUUUGGGAACCACAAUGCCUUUCGCUUCCUCAGGAAGUACAGGGAGAAAUACUGCACCUUCAACGAUGACAUCCAAGGCACUGCAUCUGUAGCUCUUGCUGGUCUGUUGGCAGCUCAGAGAGCUGUUGGCAAACCCAUCACUGAACACCGGGUGCUUUUCCUGGGAGCUGGAGAGGCUGCACUUGGUAUUGCCAAUCUGAUUGUCAUGGCCAUGAUGGAGACGGGGAUGAGUCAGAGUGAGGCCAGAGAAAAGAUUUGGAUGUUUGAUAAAGAUGGUUUACUUGUGAAGGGCCGAUCACAGGAAAUAGACGCUAACCAGGAGGCAUUUGUCCAUGACAGUCCAGGGAAUGUACAGAGCUUCCUAGAUGCUGUCAACACCAUCAAACCCACAGCUAUCAUUGGUGUGUCAGGAGCCGGACGUCUGUUCACCCACGAUGUUAUCAAGGCUAUGGGAACCCUGAAUAAACGGCCAAUCAUUUUUGCCCUGAGUAACCCAACCAACAAAGCAGAAUGCACAGCAGAGGACGCCUACACACUGACAGAUGGUAGAUGCCUCUUUGCCAGUGGCAGUCCAUUUGGUCCAGUGACUCUGAGUGAUGGUCGUGUUUUUACUCCUGGCCAAGGGAACAAUGCUUACAUCUUCCCAGGUGUCGCUCUGGCUGUGAUCCUGAGCGGAGUGAGACACAUUAGUGACACAGUGUUCUUAGAGGCUGCCAAGACCCUUGCAGAGCAGCUGACAGACAAAGAGCUUGAAGAAGGCAGACUCUACCCUCCUCUUUCCAACAUCCGAGAGGUUUCUGUCCAAAUGGCUGUCAAGGUGGUGGAGUAUGUCUAUGCUAAAGGCAUGGCAUUUCGCUACCCUGAGCCCGUGGACAAGAAUGGCUUCGUACGUGCCACGGUCUGGAACACCAACUAUGACUCCUUCCUCCCAGAUACCUAUGACUGGCCAGGCAUGAGCUUCAGCCCCAAGACCAAUUAAAAAUUUCAGUUUGUUGGGUUUUUUUGUUUUUUUUUGUUUUAAACCUUGAUGAUGAUGAUUUAAAAUGACUAGUUUUCUCGGUGCAAAUGCAGCACAUUUGGACUAAGAAAACAGUCUCUUAAGAUCAGUGUAAAAAGAAGGAAGUUUCAAUGGUAAUAGAUGCUCCCUCCUCGUGCACUGUGCCUGCAGGGCCACCUGCUGGUGGAGAAAAGCAAUCAAUUCUCUGUCCACACCAACAAAAACGGAAACUCUAGAUAAUCCAAAUACCACAUGAAUGUUCCACUGCAGUAGUAAAGCACAACACAGUGGACAUAACUUUUUAGCUAUGUUUUGUUUUCCUUGUUUUAACCUCAGAUUUCCCUGGUAGAAAGUAACGCUAAAUAGGUAUAAGUAAAUUGCUACAUUAUUAUCAUAAUUUCACUCCACUCCACUAGAUUGAAUUUUUGUUAUGUUAUAUUUAUUGCUUUGGACACCAGUCAGCCUCCUACUGUCAGACUCUGCUCUUUUUCUAUCAUAUUGAUGAUACAGAAAGUGUGAAGGAUUGUUUAAAUACAGACCUUGGAACACAAUGCCAAGGGUUCAGGAAGAGAAGUAAAUAUAUGACUAGACCUUCAGCUACAAAACCCUUGAAAAACCGGCAUCCACUCCCUAUUUUUAUUAGUUUAAAUGCUUUUGCCAUGUAUUUAUGUCUUUUAUAAUAUUUUAUAGUUAGUCAUAGUACAUUUAAGGUUGCUAAGAUUGUCCCCCCCCCCCAAAAAAAAAUAUAAAAUAGAUUUUGUGUGAAAUACAAGUUAAAUAUAAACCGUAUCCCUAAAAAAAGGUGCAGUUAAGAUGAAUUAAUGUUAUUGUUGUUUACUGUGCAUGCACUUUUAUGGAAACAAGACUUUGCUGAAAGAAUAUGUAUAAAUUUGUAUUAAGCAUGUCCGUGUGUGGGUUUAACAAAUAUAGGACAAUGAACUUGCUUAUUAAGUUCUAGACAUAUGUGAUAGUUCGCUUAUUGGAUAAUCUAUCGAUCCAGUCAUUCAUCUAUCCAGCUGACUUGCAAGAAUCUUAUUACAGAACGUUAAUGACCAAAUAGCACUGCUAAAAGAUUUUAUUAGUACCUUCAGAAAACCCAGAUAAUUAAUGACCAUGUCCUAUUACCCAUACUACAAACCAUCAGGCAGCUUAUUCAGAUGUUACCCCUUUAAGAGCAUCCAUUGCACAUUAAAUAGUUUGAAGGAUAGAUACUAAGCAACUGCUUCAUUUUAACCUCAGGAAUUAGUCUUAGGACCUUCUAAACACUUGCAUCCAAGUGCCUGCACAACAUUAACUGUUUUUUCUUGUACCUCCACGCUCCAGAGCCAGCUACUGUAGCUUUUUGUUAACUGUGCAGCUAUUUUUAGAAAGACUGUUGAGCAGCUGGUUGUGAACAUAGAAGCAGGUUUUUACUCUUAACCUUAAGUGAAACUAUUUUUUCAAAAUAAACUGUAUGGAAAGAGUUAAAUCCCAUUAUGUUUUUUGUGCUUUGAGGAUCUGAAUUUUAUUGUCCCCCUUAAUGUCUUGUGUACUUCAUAAAGUGUGGACUUUGUGUUUUUGGUGUUUGUAUCUGCAAAACAAAAGAGUUAUUUAGCUUCACCUCAAUUGUGUCUUAGCAUUUGUACUUGGAGAGCAGUUGUGCUGACUCAUUCAUUGUAGUACAAUAUUUAAUGUGAUAUUGAUGGUACAAAAUAAACUUUUUUUUAAUU